CCUGCCAUGCCUUGGAGGACCACCUGUCAGGACUUUUAUUCUUGUUCCUGCAAUCGCCAUGACCACUCUACCAUGUAGUCUCACCCCGGGAAUUCGCUUCUUAUCCCGCUGGUCCUUCAUCUUCUCUGCACCUUCCAUCGUUUCUUAUGCUGUCUACAAAACUGACCUCUUUAUUAACUUCGAUGUGCACCCGCCGUCCUGGGCUUUCGUCGCGUUCGCCCUCUUAUGUCUUCCUGCCCUUCUCCUUGUUCACAUCGUCUUGAGAGAGGCUCGACAAAGGUUCGAAGCUUAUAAAAUGGGCGCUCGACUCGUCCCUCGAGUUGUCGGAAACUGGCCUGGUAAUUUGGACAUCGUAAUCGCGAUGUAUAAAAAUUUCAAAUAUGGGUAUCCUGGUGACGGCCUUGCGGAGUUGUGCGAAACCAAAGGACCCGUUUAUAAUAUGAACGUUCUGUGGAAAGACUUGAUACUUACCACUUGUCCGGAACAUAUCCAGACAAUUCUGGCCACCGACUUUAAUAACUACGUUAAAGGUGAACGAUUCCAGAGAAACAUGAGAGACAUGCUUGGAGUUGGAGUAUUCAAUGCAGAUGGGGAAAUGUGGAAAUUCCAUCGUCAAAUGACCAGGCCGUUUUUCACCCGGGAUAGGAUCAGUCACUUCGAACUAUUCGAUAAACACGCCGAGAGGGUCGUCGCUCUGAUGAAGGACCGAUUUCGUGAAGAGGUGCCUUUAGAUUUCCAAGACCUAAUGGGCAAGUUCACUCUUGAUUCCGCGACUGAAUUCCUAUUUGGUUCCUGCGUCGAUAAUCUGGCUUCGCCACUCCCUUACCCUCACCAUGACACUUCCCAUUUCCAAUCCACUCGUGCGGACGAGUUCGCGAAAGCGUUCUUGGCGGCCCAAGAAGGUAUCGCGACUCGCGAACGUGUCGGUCCUGUGUGGCCUUUGCUCGAGAUUUUUAAGGACAGAGUCAAAGGGCCUAUGAAAAUCGUGUCAGGCUUUAUUGAUCCUAUUAUCGCUGAAGCGAUUGCGAAGAAGAAGGCUGGAUUGAGAGAUUCAAAGGAAAAUACUGAUGACGUUGGUGAGGACGAAACGCUGUUGGAUCAUUUGGUCGAUAUUACGGAUGAUCCUGUAAUACUCAAAGAUGCAACUUUGAAUAUACUGAUAGCUGGACGUGACACAACAGCCGCCACACUUACAUUCAUUGUAUACUUCCUGGCGACGCACCCGCACGUCGCUGCCCGUCUCCGAGAAGAGGUACUCCAAGCAGCUGGGACGGCUAAUGAUAGAAGGAACAUUAGUUGGGAGAUGGUCAAGGAGAUGAAGUACCUGCGAGCUGUCAUCAACGAAACACUGAGACUAUACCCGGUCGUCCCAUUCAACAUUCGAGAAAGCAUCAACGCGACGACCUGGCCAUCACCUGAACCAGGCAAACUACCGUUCUAUAUACCUGCUGGCUCAAAGGUCCCGUACUCCGUUUUCUUGAUGCACCGCAGGAAAGAUUUGUGGGGACCUGAUGGUAUGUUCUCUCAUUUUUGUCCUCAGUACGGAAACAUUCCAGGAUCAAUGACAUUACGCUUAGCCGAUGUAUACGACCCCGACCGCUUCUUAGACCAGCGUUUGAAGAAAUAUCUGACGCCCAAACCGUUCAUCUUUUUGCCGUUCAACGCGGGACCCAGGAUAUGUCUGGGACAGCAGUUUGCAUACAACGAAAUGUCGUUGAUGCUGAUCCGCCUCCUCCAACACUUCCAAAGUUUUACGUUCCUUCCUGAUUGCGUAACACCGGAAUUCCAAACACCUGCUGAAUGGGGAGGGUUACCAGGACGGAAGGGAAUCGAUAAGUUCUUCCCAAAGAUGACGCUUACUAUGUUUACUGGGGGUGGAUUGUGGAUUAAAGCACAAGAAUCUGACGGGGAAACAUGAUACAUAUGUGGAGCAAAGGCCACCAAGCACCAGCUUCAUCUAGGUUGAAAUGUGUCUGUUCGCAUUGUGUGACGUCCUCGGUACGCCUCGGUACGAACUGCACUCUUCCGAUUGCUGUAAGUAUUAUUAUUCAUCUAUUUUUUGCUCCGAGUAUCGUAUCUUUUACUUUCUAUACCCAUGUAGUUGUCAUGUAGUAAACGUCAAUAGACAUUGAAAUAUGUAACAGAAUUUACGGCUA